AUGGUGGAUAUUGUAACUCAUACAAUGCCUGCAGAAAGUGACGCACACGUGGCCAGAAACUUUCUCACAAAGAUUUUGCGAAGUUCUAUGAGAAGGAAUGAGUCUUCAUGUCGGCCCCACUCCUGGAACUCCAAAUCUGCCGAAAACCCCAUCACAGACAUCCCAAAAUCUGAAGCAGAGUCUUCUUGGCCGACAAGAUAUGAUGCAAGUUCACCCUCAAAAGACUACACCAGCUGUUGGGGUCAGACGAAUCUGCGACAAGUGUCUUGCCAGUUCAGCUCAGUGGGAAAUAUGGAAAGUGUAGAGCCCUUAGCUCACGCUUUCUCUAAAGAGUCACAGUCGAACAAGCUUAGUGAUGGAGUGGACCAUUCAGUGCUUCAGAGGGGUCUCAACAAGCCUCCAUCAUUUUUGUCAGGCGCAAAAGACCCCGUUGCACCUCGAAGUAUCACCACCACUGAAGGCAUGUUUUACAGAGGCAGUCCAAAUGAGCUUACCAAUGACUGCCACAGAUACCUGCAGAUACCCAUGAGCACAGGUGGAUGUGUGAGUCCCAGCAUAGAGGAGCACGCUGCCUUUAAAUUCUCCUCCAGCGGGAGAUCAAACCCUGGACCUGUGAGGCAUGUUCCUGACAAUAAACCAUCAACUGCACCUCCUCCUCCACUGCGUAGUGAUAGUUUCACUGCCACCAGAGUUCACGAGAAGGGCCUGGUUGGGUCGUUCCCUGAAGGAUUUUCUGUGUAUCCACCCUCCAGAACUGUGGAUAGACACAGUGACGAUAUCCACGCCAGCGAAAUGGGACGGGAGGCGAGACAUAGCUACAACCCACCUCCAAAAAAAGACUUUCUUCAUCUAUAUCUUUCCAUUAAAGACUGCAACCAAAAUCAGAUAAACCCUAGCAAAGCAUUUUCCCGCUCAAGCACUGAUGUAAGACAAGCCCAGAACCCGUUUACGUAUGAAGUCCAUCAUCAGAGACAGCACAGCAAUGAGAGUCCCUUUGCGAUGUAUCCUAGUACUGCAUGUACACCAAAGACUCAGAGCGUCGGAAGCUACUACCAAAGUCUUCAAGACUUGCCAACCAAUUCAGAGACUCAAAACUCUGCUAGAACUUCAACAACCUUUGAACACAACCAUGAAGGCCAAUCUCAUUUCCGAUACUACUGCAUCACUACCCAGCAGCCAUGCCAAGAAUCCUCUACCCAUCCACAGGGAUUGAGAGGAAAUGAACGGAGGACUGAAGUAGGGACCACGCCGGGAACUAUUGGCUCUCAAAAGAUUGCAAAGACAAAGACAAAGUAUCUCCAACCUUAUCUUAACCUGCCUGAGAAUGGUUGCACCAAAGAGGCCAUCAAUCCUCCUCCAACUGAAGCUACGUCUCCUCAACCUCCUCGUGUCUUUCUAAAGUCCAGCUCUAGUGAAAAGGAAAGAAACUCCCCUGAAAAGAAUAAAGGUGGGUUCCAUCACGAACCCAACCAUCAGACGGAGCAGAAGUCCAGUCCCUGGAUCAUUCAGGAGGAGAAGAUCUGUCCAAUUAAGACGCCCAUGUUAUACUCUUUGACCCAGGAGAGCAAGAUGAUUGCGGAAAAAUCGAUAGUAUCAUCCAAAGAAGCAAGUCAUCAAGAAUCCUCCGACUCCAUAGGUGGCAAACUGGGAAGAAGGAGCGACCGUUAUGCCACCACUUUACGCAAAGAGAUCCAACAGAAGAAAGCUCAGCUGCAGAAAAGCCGAAGUGCGGCUAACUUGAUCUGCUCCAGUGAAGUUGAGGACGACUCUGUCGUCUGGAAGUCCAACGAGACCUCGACCUCCUCAUCCGAUGGCUCCUUCACCAACACCUACAAGGAUCAUCUGAAGGAAGCCCAAGCCAAAGUUCUGAAGGCCACAUCUUUUAUGAGGAGAGAUCUGGAACUUCCCGGGGACAAAACUUCAACAGGCCAACCUCCAAAAAAUGGCCAACUCACCUGUAUUGGAGGACGUAAACGGUUUGCUAUGGAUAAUAAAAUGCACUCUUUCUCUGAACCAGAUAAGAUCAAUGAAGUAGGGGUUGAAGAUAAAGCAGUUGGGUCCUUUGUGGACCGAUAUCAAUUCUUUGAGAGUUCUAGUAAACCGAAUUUCCAAAAGCCCAUUAUUAAGCAGUCCCUGCCCGGUCGCAGAGACAAAACUGAAUUGACAAGAGACACCCUAGAUGAAGGUAUCCCUAGAUCUCCAUUCAGACAGAGUAAAUCAAGCCGUUCAAACCUGAACGCUCAACAACAACAACGUCUCGAGACGUUUGCUGAAUAUGAGGCUACGUGGAACAUGCAGAAGAAGACAAUGGAAAGAGGAAACGCAGGCAGAUUUCACUCCGCUGAAAACAUUCUGGACUCUAGCGGCACGGUGUGCGUUCACGAAAGAUCACGUUCUUCCCCGUCUGCUGACAUUCACACUCGGAAAACACUGCCACCCAAAAUGUCUUCAUCGGAACACAAGGACAAACGGGAGACUUGUGUCAUCAGGGAGCAAAAUCCUGUUAGCAUCCCUGAGGCGAUCACACUGAAUAUUCCCCAAAAUGAAGACGUGGCAAAUCCUCCCCCACCCAACCAGACACCAAGACCCGAUUCCACAGAUCCGUCACCUCUCUCCUCACAUCAUCUCCAGGUUCCUGUAUCUGGCAAGUUAUGUCCAAAAAAUACAGGGACUGAAUAUCAAAGGCCUGUGUGGUCCAGGGAGGAAACUCCCACCCAUCUAGAAACAACAGAGCCCACACAGGGGGCCUCACCGGUGAGAAAAACACCUGAGCCGACUCAAUCCUUCACCAGACUGUGUUCUUCACCCUGUCAUACUGAAACCCUGGAAAGAGAAAUGUGCUUGACAUCAGAGGACGGCGAGGGGGAGUUUUCUCUUGUUCUCCCUGUGUUAGGUCAUAUCUCCGUCUCUUCCCAACAGAACACUGAUGUGACCGUAACCUCAGAUAACAGGACACACUCUCCGUCUCCUGUGUUCUUCACACGGACUAUUACAGAUGAAGCACACGUGAAGAAAACACAUCCAGACAUCGGUUGUAAAUUUGAGGAAACGUCAGAAACAGACGCCGCCGGACAGAAGCUCAACAUACAGAAUGAUUCAGAGAGAGGAUCAUCUGGAGGAUGUGAAGAGAAUAAAACCGCUCAACUGAAGAACAGCAGCACACAUCAGAGUUCAUCUGAACAUCAAACCAAUGACAGGACAGAAUUGCUCAACACCAGUGACCCCACCCAACGCUCGGAGGACGACCUGAAGAGAGAGGAACUGGCCAGAGACAUCAUGGGAAAAGAUAAGAGUCUUGUGGAUAUCUUAGAUCAGAGUAAGUUGAAGACCACCAUGGAUCUGAUGGAGGGGAUCUUUCCUCAGGGUGAACACAUCCAACAGAGGAGGAAGAACACGAACAAACACGUGUGUGUGAAAAACACGCAGAUGAGGCUGGAGGAGAGUUUGACCGCGUCUGUGUCUUUAUUGAGCACUUCUUCAUAUUACAGCACAUCUGCACCUAAAGCUGAGCUGCUCAUCAAGAUGAAGGACAUGCAGGAACACAUAAAUCAACAUGACUCAGAAGAGGAGCUCGACUCGGAUCUGUCCAACAAGAAGCAAGAGUUGAUGGACAGUUUGAGCCGUAAGCUGCAGGUGUUGCGAGAGGCGCGGGCGAGUCUGCGAGAUGAUCUAGAAGACAAGAUCAAACUGGGUGAAGAACAACUUAAAAGUCUGAAAGACAGUCUACCGCUGGACCAGAGACUACUCUACUGAUCCAUAAUAAACCAGACUACACCCUACUGAUCCAUACUGAACCUGAC